UUUGAUCGUUGUAAACAUUUUCAGCGGAAAUUACAACGUUAUACAAAUAAAUAACAAAAAACAAAAACAUUCGUGACACGGUAUUUUUCUGUGAACAGACGUGACUAAUCGAUUGAGCAGAUAUGUGAGAUGACUGCGGUAGAUUAUUAUCCCUGUGCAGGUGUAACCACGGUUGCUUAGCAACGGCUGAACUCCGUUAUUUAAAGUCACAGGUGGUGCUGUUUGAUGUUUGUCCUAAGAUUAGAAAACAUGGCAGAAAACGAUGCAACGUGUUUGGUGAGGAAGAUGUUGAUUUAGUUCAUGUUAUUAUAAUAAUUAUUUAAACUUUGAAUAGUAGAAAUGGAAGUAGAACGUGUAAAAUAACUGGUGUUUGUUUAAUAUACAGCCCAUAAUUAUAUAUUAUAUGAGAGAGAAGUACUUCAGACACGCAAUAAAUACAGCUGAGAAAUAUUUACAACUGUACAACAAUGAUCCUGUGCUCCGGUUUAUCAAAGCUGUUGGAUCUCUGAUGGAAGGUGACACGCAGGAGGCGAUGAGAGAUCUCAUUCAUCUGAAGGAUCAGUCUCACCUCUCUCUGUGUUCAACUAUAGCUCUCAUGAACGCUCACAGACGCCGUGAGACUCUGGAUGAAGAGGCGUUGAAUGCGCUGACCUCUGACCUGAAGCUGUCGGGCUCAACAGCAGGUGUCAGGGCGCUGUAUUACGCAGCUCUGCUUUACUGGAUCCUCGACCGGAACGUCAAAGCCAGACACUGCAUCAACAAACUGCUGAAGCUGUCAGAUAAAUCCCCACAGGGGCUUGUCCUCAAGGGCUGGAUUAUAUUGACAUCUGAGUUGACGGAGAACAAACCUCAGGCCAUCCGUUACUUCGACAGCGCCGGUCAGGACUCUGAGGAUGUGUUCGGGCUCAUGGGAAAGGUUGAGUUUCUCAUGGCGAAACAGAAGCAGCCGUGCGCUCUUGAUAUUGUGAAUCAGAUCAUAGUUUCUCAUCCAGAUUUCGUCCCAGCGCUCAAUCUGAAGAUGAAGAUCUUUAUGUCUCUGCGUGACUGGGAACAAACUGAAGAGCUCGCUCGCAGAAUUCUGGAGAGAGAUGAACACGAUUUAAAAGCUCUUCAGAUGAUGGCUGUCAUUGCUGCGGCUAAAGAUGGAGAUAUGGGGCUGGUAAUUCUGUUUUCAUUCUAA